AUGGUCUGGAUGGUGUGCUUCUACUACGGCGGGACUCAAGAUUGGAAUGAAAUAUGCGGUGUCCUAGCUUUAUCCUCUUGCACCCUCACUUGUGUCACUAAGUUCCUGUUUAUGAAACUGUACUCAAAAAAUAUAAAACAUAUAGUCCAACAGUACUAUAAAUGCGACGCCCAAGUGAUACUAGGUACGAGAUUCGAAAAAAAUCUUCGUAAAGGACUCCGAACAGUCAAAAGACGUGCGACAAUCAUCUGGGUAACACUUGUUGUUAAUGGCUUUGUUUACAUCAUCCUACCUUUUAUUACACCUGGACGAAGUUUUGCAGCAGACAACUAUUAUGUAUAUGGUUUGAUGCCAAUAUUGGAAUCACCAAAUUAUGAAAUAGCUACAUUGAUGAACAGUCUUAGCGCCUACUUCUGUGUAUACACCAUGGUGUCUGUUGCUAUAUACAUUAUCAUUAUUGUUGGUUACUCAGAAGCCCAGAUUUACGCUUUAGGUGAAGAACUUCUGAACGUUUGGGAUGACAGUCAGAACUUCUACAACGAAAUAAAGCAUAGUAUUAGAAAUAAAAUACACGUUAUGGAAACAAAAGAUAAAAUUUUAAACGAGUUUAUUAGAAUUCGUUUAAGAGACACCAUCAAAUUUCAUAUAAUUAAUAUUAAUUUAGUUCAUCAAUUAGACCAAGAGCUUCGACCUACUUUGGCGUUGGAAUUCAUUAUCGUCGCCUUUUCAAUAACCUUUGAACUUCUUGCUGGUUUGGAAAAUACUUACGUUCAGCUACCGUUUUCAUUCGUUCAAAUAUACAUGGGUUGUUUGGCGGGACAGUGCUUGAUAGAUGCUUGUUGCAGUUUUGAAAAAGCUAUAUAUGGCUGUAAAUGGGAAAACUUUAGCAUUCAGAAUCGAAGGACUGUUCUUUUGAUGUUAAGGAUGUCACAAAAAACGUUGAUGUUGUCAGCUGGUGGGGUAUCCAAGUUGAAUUAUAACUCACUGAUGAUUAUAUUGAAAUCGACGUAUUCUACAUAUACAACGUUACAAUCAACUGUGAAGAAAUUGGAU